CGCUCUGGCCGGGUCCAGGCAGCAGCCUCAUCAGGCUCUCGCGGCUCCCUCGGGCUCUUGUUGCUAUGGUGACCGCUCCUGCAGGCCGCCGUGGGACUCUUUCCGCAGCGCACACCAUCUAGACCCCGCCCCCGACGUCCUGGAUUCGUCAGACGCCAGCCGGUCCCGCGUGGCGCUCGUUGCCAUGGUGAUCGCUGCCGCCCGCUUAGGCAGACGAGGCCGUGCGGAACCUGGAGCUACUCCAGUCGCUGCGGGACUCUGGAAAGAUGAGGUCCUCCCUGACACCUUUGGGGCCCACUGUGAGCCGGGACCGCAUCAUCACCUGCUUCCCUAAGUGGUACACGCCCAACGCCUGCCUGCAGCUCAAGGAGCACUUCCACGGGCAAGUCAAUGCCGCCUGCCAGCGUAGAAACACGGGGACUGUCGGGCUCAGCCUCUCCAAGGUGGUUGUCGUCGGCGACCUCUACGUGGGCAAGACCAGCCUCAUCCACAGGUUUUGCAAGAAUGUUUUUGACCAUGACUACAAGGCCACCAUCGGGGUGGACUUUGAAAUCGAGCGCUUUGAAAUCGUUGGGAUUCCCUACAGCCUCCAGAUCUGGGACACAGCAGGGCAGGAGAAGUUCAAGUGCAUCGCAUCUGCCUACUACCGGGGUGCCCAGGUGAUCAUCACGGCCUUUGACCUUACUGACAUGCAGACUCUGGAGCAUACCAGGCAGUGGCUGGAGGAUGCACUGAGGGAGAACGAGCCAGGCUCCUGCUUUGUGUUCCUCGUGGGAACAAAGAAGGACCUUCUGUCAGGGGCAGCAUGCGAGCAGGCGGAAGUGGAGGCCAUGCACUUGGCCAAUGAGAUGCAGGCCGAGUACUGGUCGGUGUCAGCCAAGACGGGGGAGAACGUGAAGCCCUUCUUCAGCCGCGUGGCGGCCCUGGCGUUCGAGCAGUCGGUGCUGCGGGACCUGGAGAGGAGGAGCAGCGCCCGGCUCCAAGUUGGCAACGGGGACCUCAUCCGAAUGGAAGGAGGUCCACCCGAGACGCAGGAGAGCAAGAGGCUCUCCAGCCUGGGUUGCUGUUAGCUGAGGACUGUGUCAGAGGCCUCCACUCCCAACACGCGUGAGCAGUGCCUUCUGCGACUGUGGAGGGGUGACAUGGAGCCCGGGCCCUGCAACAUAUCUGUCUGCCCACCAUGCGGAGCCCCAGCACUCAGCGACUUCUCUUUAGUGGAUCAGGAGCCAGGAAAGGCCCUCACUGGCUGCCUGGGGGCCCCACACUGCCCAGCUGGUGGGGGCACUGUGGUGAUCAUCUGGAAGGCCAGUCUCACCUACAGAGUCACCAGACAGUCCUCCCGGCCUUGAAAGGCCUCAGGGCUGCAGACACAGGACACUCGUGCCCACGGUCCGUAUCCCUCGCCCUCAGUACACGUCAGCAGUCCGCCCAGGCACUCUCCCAAGCUUUCCUGGGUUGGCCUCCGGAUCCUCAUCUCAGCGGUCCAGGCAAGCAGGAUCUGUCAGAGUCAGCACGUGAGGGGGCACAUCCCUGCCUGGGACUUUUAUGUUUGCGGUAGGACUUGUAGUUCUGGGCUUCCCUGUCUGCUGUCCCUCUGCCACAGUCUCGUGGGGUCCCCGGGUGGCCCUGCCUCUCUGGAGGAGGAAGCAUGAGGAGGUCUCUCCAAGGGGCCGUCUCUGGCUCCUCCCCAACCCCCGGGUCCUGCCCUGCGGUCAGUGAGCAAGAACCAGCAGAACAGGCCACUCGCGCCCCUCUGGCCCACCUGGACAAUGAGUUCCUCCAGCUAGGCCGAGGGAAUAAGACUGCCCGCUGCCCCUGGGGUAACUCGCAGCUACAUCCUGUGCGCGUGGCACUGCUGUGCUCCACCACCGGCAGCCGUCCCCUAGAAUCUGCCGGACUACUGCCCACCGUUGCCCCCGCCCCCUCUCCCAUCACCUGCACAGGAAGGGCCCUGGAAUGAGGAAGCGCUGAGCCCAUGCCUCUCAGGGCUUUUGUGAUAGUGUCCCCAUGUCUCUGGAGGACCUCGGAGGGCCUCCAGUCCAGCGUGCUCCUGUGCCCACCACCCAUCCCACACACCCAGACAGGCAGACGCAGCUCAGGCCCCCUUCCCAGCUUCCCCCAGAGUGUCCCUCGCCCUCCAUGCCCUCGUGUGGCUCCUCCAUGGGAGCUAUUCGCUGCCCCCCCUACCCACCCCACACUCCCGCAGCCCCGGCUGUGUGCCCUCUCAUCCCUGCCCACCUCAUGCCAUAGGCAGGCAGGCACAUCUGGACACCUCCCACCUGCUUCUCGCAGGUGGUAAGCAUUUUGCAGGCAGCCAUUCUGGUCGGUGCCAUCACCACGCGCCCUGGACGGCGCCCGGCACGCUGCAGUUCACAGUGACGGCCAGACCUCAGCGGGGAAGAACCCUGGCACCCUUUUCUGUUCACUCCCCCUUCAUAUCUUUAGCUCUCUUUUUAUAUAGAUAUAAAAUACUUCUUUGUAUAAGUCACUCUGAAAGGAAUUGUAUGCUUAUCGUAAAACAAAAAGACAGCGUAACGUUUGGCACACAGCGUCAGGGUCCUCCUCCAGCAGGUGGCACUCCUGGAGUUAAGCGUUGUUCACAGCUGGUAGGAUUCCUUCCGGACUGUUCCUGUGUGUCCGCUCGUUUGUUGUUUAACCAGAAUGACCUCUCCACACGCUAUUGCCCGGUGGCCCACGUCCUUGAUCCCCCACUGCAGCCCUCCCCACACACCACACCGAGCUCGUGCGCUCCCGGAGCAGCUGCCAGUUUUCCUCCCGUGUGAAUGGACCAGAGUCCAUUGGGACAUGUAAUUUGCGUCAGCUCUUAGCUUUUACUGUAGGUGCUCGGUGACCCUCCUUGUAGUUACAGCUUGGUGCCCUCCGGAUUCCCCGAAAAGGCCUCGCCGUCCUUCUGUGGACUGUGGCUGCAGUUUGAGCCACUACAUUCAGUCUCGGUGGGCAGGCCUCAUCGGGGGUGCACGAGGACAGGGUUAGCAGCACAUAAAAGUGUCACAGGACGGGAGAGCCUGGCGAUCUCCACAGCUCCCUGCCCUCACCUCUUCAGGCCCCAGAAUUGAGGGCAAUCGUUACAAGCUCCUGAGCUAGGACCACACUGUUUCACGUGCGCCCACCCUCUCAACGGCCUUUUAUUAAACUGUCCUCAUGUUGCA